AUGGCAACCCAAUCGCCCUCCAACGGCUAUGGCGUCUCUGCGGCUGACCGGUACAAGCGCGCCAGCCGCAAGGGCGCGCCGCGACGCUUUAGCUGUGACUUCCCCGGCUGCGACAAGCUGUACUCGAGGGCCGAGCAUCUCCAGCGGCACCAGCUAAACCAUGAGCCCAAGGAGAUCUUCCGCUGCGACGUGGCUGGCUGUGAGCAAAAGUUUGUUCGCGCCGACCUCCUUGCCCGCCAUCGAAAGCGCCACUCUGCCUCUUAUAUCCCCCGGAACCGCAUGCCCAGCUUCGGCGCCCCCAAGGACUCGUCGCCUUCCGCCCCUGCCAGCGCCGUCGUCUCUCCUACCGCCCCCGCCGAGCCCCGUCCGACCUUCGUCAGCGCCCCUCACGACGCCGCCAUCCUCUUGACCCCCAACCCGAGCAACCACCCGCCGCCCCCGGCCCUGCACUUGCCUCCGCCGCCCUCGGCACUGCCGAAUCCCGCACCCGCCAGGAUGAACCACCCACCCGGCUGGCCGCCGCAUGCCCACCUGCCCGACAUGGCCCCGUGCAACAUCAUCCGACCCAAGCCCGGCUACUACUCGCGUGAGGGCCCCCGACUUGCAGAGCAGCCUUCGGUCGUGCCUUACCACAGCGUCGAGUUUCCGCACGACGAGAUAUCGCGUGAGAACUUUGCCGUCUGGCUGUUCAACCCCCAGGCCUCGUACGCCGACUUCAGCGUCUCCAACCUGCCGUUCAUCGACGGCGGUCUCGAGUCGACGCUGAACAAUAACAUCCACUACGACUACGAGUCCUUGACCAGCAGCCGGUCCCAGCUCGAGACCCCGCCCAGGUUCGUCGAGAGCGACGAGCUCAUCGGCGAGUUCCGUCGCCAGGAGGUCAUACGCUGGUUCGGUUCGUUCCGCCAGAAGCAGCCCAAGUCCGAGCCGCUCAUCGCCAACAUUGUCCAGGACGGCGGCGGCGACCUGCCGGCGCUGAACGUGGAAAUGAUGCGGGACUGCCUGCAAGAGUACUGGGAGCAUGUGUCGCCUAGACUUCCCAUUGUUCAUCAGCCCACCUUCUCCUGCAACCGCUGCUCCAUAUUUCUCCUCAUGGUCAUGAUAGCCCUGGGAGCUGCGUCGCUACGCAGCAGGGACUCGAGCGGCAAUCUUUCCGACUACGGAGGCUUCGCCGACGUCCUCAUCUCAGGCGUCAGAUGGGAAAUAGUGACGGCCGAAGAGGCGUCGCCGCCCGUCGGGCUCUGGGUUGCCCAGGCCCUCCUCCUCCUCGAGUUCUACGAGAAAAUGUACUCGUCCCGAAGGCUUCACGAGCGCGCACAUAUCUACCACUCGGUGGCCCUGACGCUCCUCCGACGGGGAAGCCCUCUGAUCGGUCGGUCGGGAAGCGAAUCGCCCCCGGAAGUGGCCUCGGCGGAGCAUCCGCACGGUGUCGGUCUCGAUUCCCGCACCUGGUGGAGCCGAUGGGCCGAGACGGAAGCCAUGCAUCGCGCUGUUUUUGGGCUGUUCAUGCUCGACAUCAUCCACGCCGCCAUGUUCGGCCACGCCGCGGACAUGGCUCCCCAUGAGAUUCGGCUGCCCCUUCCCUGUGACGACAAUCUCUGGACGGCGUCGAACCCGGACAUGGUGCGGCAGCUGGACCAGAACCUGCGCAUGUAUGGCGUAAAGACCAUAUCUUUCCUGGACGGGCUGAAGCGAGCGCUGCACGGCAAGCCCGUCAAGACGCACAGCUUUGGCCGCAUGAUCAUCAUGUCGGGCCUCCUCAGCGUCGGCUGGCACCUCAGCCACAGAGAGGCGCACCUCAAGUGGUUGGAUCUAACGACGCAGCCCGCGGAUGCCCAAGACAAUUGGAAAAGGAUAUUGCUCAAGUCCUUUGAUGACUGGAAAGCGAGUUUCGACGAGGCGCAGGGCAUAAUGGGAAGCCCGACUCUCGCCGACCCCUCGGGCCAGCGCUCGGACUCCAACGGCCCCAUACAGAGCGCUGCCGUCCUUUACCAUCUUGCCCAGAUCAGUCUGCAUGUGGACAUUGUCGACUGCCAAGUCUACGCUGGAGCGAGGCGGCUGCUGGGAAGAAAAGUUUCUGUCCGCGACUACGCCAAUGUCGUAGCGCGGAUGAGGAGCUGGGCGGCCCUGUCUUCGACCAGACAUGCUGUGCUGCAUGCCUUCAAGCUUCUACACCGGGUGCUUGUCGACCCGCGGCGAAGCGCGAGCGAGCGGGUGGCGCAGACUGCUGGUGGCGUCAAGCUGCCCCCCAUCGAAGUCCAGUCGUACUCUUGCCGCAACGAGCCAGACCCGCACCGGCCCUGGAUCAUGUAUUACGCUGCCCUGUGUAUCUGGUCAUUUGUUCGCGCCCUAAGCCGGCACGAUUCUCUCCAGGAGCCGCCAAUUCCAUCCCAGGGCCCGCUCCGCCAGACGAAGCCGCUUCCCGUCAACUUCCGCCGUGUUGUCGCAUAUCUCUCCAAUAUUGCAACCCUUACCGAGCUGUCCGAGCAGGCCGCCAUGACCCUGGAGGACGGCUUGUCGGAUCUCCUCGAUGCGCUCCACUCAAUCUUUGCCGAGGCGCACUCCGAGUUACUCCAAGAAGCGCAUGUCCGGAUGAAAGUGUGCAAGGAGACGCUAGCCGCCCAUCCGGGAUGA